CAUUUCCACCAAAAAAAGGCUUUUAUUUUUUUCGCUGGUGCGUUUGUUUGUGUGUCGGCGAGUCCCGGCGGUGUAACCGGAGAGGGGCCUCGGAGAGGGAAUGCAGGACCGCAAUGGAGCACAAUGCGAUCCAGUGGUUGGGUGCUCCCUCCUGCCAACGCGGCAGCUACGCCUUCUACAAGUCGGUGAGCAGUCGAACCGAGGCCGACGGGCCCGUCAGGGUGUGGAGGCUGGGGGAGUUCUACUUCGUCCGCUGUGGACCCCAGGACCCCGUGAGCAUCGCUGAGGUGACGUUACUAUGGGAGGACCAGGCCCGGCGCCACCUGCUGGCCAGCGCCAGGCUCUACUUCUUACCUGAAGACACGCCAAAGGGCCGAACCAGGGAGCACGGAGAGGAUGAGGUUCUGGCCGUGUCCAGGAAGAUGGUGCUGCGGGUGGAGGACCUGGUGAGGUGGUCGUGUGCGAGGCCGGCAGGUUGGAGCAGCUCCAACGGGCUCCACAGGCCGCCACAGAGCGGAGGCGGCAGCACCGGGGCCAAGAGCAGCGAGCCGCUCAAAGACAAAAGCCAGAACGCGCAGGCGGAGCAUCAGGGCGUCACGGUGCUCAGCUACCCGCAGUACUGCCGCUUCCGCUCGCUGCAGAGACGCAUCCAGGACGGCGCCAGGGGCCCGGGCCUGCAGGACCCCCACCUGCUGGCGCUGGGCGGCGUCAGGGUGCCGCCCAGCGCCCGAGUCAUGUACUGCAGGGACACCUUCAGCCACCCGACGCUGGAGAGCAGCGCCAGCUUCUCCUGGCAGUUCAGAUGUCCAUCCCUCAGCCUCCGAGGACGACCUCGGAAGAAGCGAGGCCGCGACGGGAGAGACUUCCCGACCUCCAGUCCGUUGGAGUCCUGGAUCGAUAAGAUGAAGGAGAACGUGAUGGGCAGCGUGGAGGUCGGCUGUGAGGGCAGCUGGCUCCCUGACCCUGAAGAGCAGCUGUUCCUGGAUCAGCUUUUCACCUUCAUGAAGCGCCAGGGCUCACCCAUCCACAAAGUCCCCAACCUGGGCUUCAAGAAGAUCGAUCUCUUCCUCAUGUACUCUGUGGUCAAGCGGCUCGGAGGCUACAAGAAGGUGACGUCGGACCGGCUCUGGAAGGUGGUUUACAACGAGCUGGGAGGUUGCCCCGGCAGCACCAGCGCUGCUACCUGCACCAGGAGACACUACGAGAGGCUGAUGCUUCCUUAUGAGGAGCAUCUCCAGGCCGGAGGGGCAGAGUUUAAAGUCCCAGAGUCCCCAUUGCCUCCCAGAGGCCGAGGGAUGAGAGGACGGAAGCCGCUUCAUAGAGGCAGAAAGCCGGGACUCAAAGCCAAGGAGAGGAAGAGCACGAGCCCGGCUGCUCCAAAUACACAGAGCCCAAACGGCACCGCGGUGGUGAAGAGGGGCCGAGGCCGACCGCCGGGCACGCGCAACAAGGCCACACUGAUCGCUCAGGCCAAGAUCCUGGCGCAGCAGCAGGCUAAAGCCAAAGCAGCUGCAGGCGGCGCGGCGCCGAGCGCCGGCUCCACCAGAGGCCCAGGUGGACCGGCCCCGAUCGGCACACAGCAGCUCGUCCAGCCCACCAUCCACCCCGUCAGCAUCCCUCUCAGCCCCGACCCCUCCCCCACGUCCACCCCCUUCCUCCCGUUCCAGCACAAACCAAAGGAGCUGAAGCCGGACCGCGAGUCGUUGGCGCCGGCUCCGGGCGUGCUCCUCUCCACUCUGCCUCGCCACUUUGUGGGAGGAUCUCUGAGCCCCAUUAAAGGCGUGUGUCCUCUGGAUGUCUUCAAGAACUGCCUCACCCUCCAGAGAGGUCCAGAGAGCCCAGCGCUGACACCGCAAGACCAGACCCAGCACCAUCCCACCAUCUACACCCUCCAGCCCAAAACUGGGAGCCCAGAUACGCCUCAUCCCAGCGGAGACCAGCUUCAACCCCCAUCACUCCUGCUCCACCAGCACCAUGACUGCUGCUUAGGGUGCAGCAUGGACGCUGGAGGCCACAGGGGACCGGGGCGAGAUGUCAGGACCCGGCCUCAUCUGCCUCCUCUCCGGGUCCUGCCUCUCAACCUGGACUGCAGCGUGCAGGUGUGCCAGCUGAUGAAGACCCGGCGUCUGGACUCCACUCAGCUGCAGAGAUUCAACCGCCGGCUGUCUGAGGCGCUGUCCCAGGACCUCAGCACCUGCUCUCCGGUGACACCGCCCCCGGAGCAAGCGCUGCCUCUCAACCUCAGCAAGCGCUUCAUGGCAAAGAGACCCGGUGCCGAAAGACCUGAGCUGAGUCCGGCAGCAACGAAAGGAACCGCAGAGCAUCCGCCAGGUAAAAAGGCCAGAAGCAGCUCCCUGGAGCAGGCGGAGGACUUCACCCUGGGGGCACGACUGAGCACCGGAGGAAGUGGAGGCCAGGCCAUGGAGAUGAAGAACCAGGAGGAACCCGCGGAUCUGAGCUCCCCUAGCAGGAUCAGGGCCUUCUUGCUCGGGCUGCCGCCAUUCCAGGUGAAGCUCGAGGAAGAUCUGAAUGGGACGAGGUUUGGGAAGUUUCCUCUUUCAUCAUCGGACCCCAAAGUAGAAGGAGGAGCAGUAGUGAAGAAGGAGAUGGAGGUGGUGGAAACGGAGAGGAGCAGCAAACUGCAGGAGGAGAGAUGUUCUGGGACGGACCCAGCGCUGCAGCAGACCCUCAAACACUGAGACGCGCUCAUAGCAUUAAUCACUCGAAGGAACGCGGACGCCGCCUCGGGUUGGAGCCUCGUGGGGUUCAGGCUCAGCCUGUCUCCAGAUGUGUCUUCCUGUGGGUUUCAACCAUGAAAUGAUUGAACUUUGCAGGAAGCACAAAACACAAAGAUGACAAUCACAAUCAGUUUCUGCUUUUCAGAUGAGACUGUGACUUUUACGAACACUGCCAUAAAUCUCCAUAACACUAUUAACUCCACUCUUCAACGUUACAGUGAAAUGUUGAUUAAGACUCAUUUACCUAAAAGUAACCAUAUUAUGUAUAUGGGUGAUGCUAUGCAUCAAGUUUCAUCGUUAGCAUCCUGAGCGUACUGUAGUUGAGUAGUUCCAUUUUAAAUUGUACUCUACUUCUGUAGAGAGAGAGUUAUUUUCUGAUAAAGUGUUUAGAUGUUACCUGGAGCUCUGAGCGAGAGGCUGCUCAGUCUAUACGUUAUAGCUUGUUUCUAUAGUCCUGCUCGUUGGCUCUAUUAUAUAAACUCUACACACACGUGCCUUAAGUGGCCAGCGACCACUUUCAUCGCCGGCUUCACAUUCACCUAAAGAGAUGCCUUGAUGUUGAUGGACGGGAUCAGCGAGGACUUAACUCACGUUGGCGGCGUUCCGGCCGGGUCCAGGUUCUGCUGGAGGAGACGAGGGACCGUCCAGGAUCAGACUACCUCAGGCUGCUUCCUCCUGCUCCGGACCGGUCUCCUCCUGCUGGUCAGUAGCUUAACGUUCACACAGUGAACAUCAGCGGGUUCUUCACAGCUCAACGUUUGGCUGCUGUGAAUGAGUUGUCAUGAAUGGAUGAAAGCAGCCUCCAGAAACACUACGCAGCUGUUGGAGCCGGGCCGUUCAGGGCCUCCGUGUGGAACCAGCUGCUGCUCCCUGCACAACGUCCAGGCGUCUCUUUAACACUCUGCCACAGAUGCUGGUUCAGAUUUGCACACAGACUUUUCCCAGUAGCGUCAUUUGGCUGCUGACCGUGUUUUUAGUUCCCCUUCUGUUAUCGCCGUUGUUUUAGUGGAGUCGAAGCACCUGGAGCUGCUUCAUCUCAGCAGCUCGCUGCAGGUUGGUCUCACUUUGAUCAUGCGUCUUUUUGUUUCUACUUUUGCAGGUUUUUAUGAUUGUUGCUUCAUGUCAGUCUCUGAUCAGAAACCACCUGGAUUCUCAUGUUCUUAGUAUUUUGACGCUGGCGGCAGCGUCUCGUUCCGUGGUUCCACUCGAGGUUUAAAAUGGAGAAAUUUGUGCUGUUAAAGAUGGUGCCGUUCAACAGUCACAGGAAGGUGGCUCAGCUCAGCUGUUCAGAACCCAUCCAGGCCACUUGUACCUAACAACUACUUGGUUAAGUUGUCACCCAGUGAAGGCAGGAGGUGCAUUCACAGCUUUCGUGUAGUUGGUUUCACAAGUGGGACAAAUUCCCAAUAUUCCCGAAUCAGCAAUCAGACACAAACUCAACGGACGGUGAAUGAGACGACAGCUUUAGUGAGACGUCGGGUUUGAGAGCCUGCGUCUGUGCCUGUGAAUGCGCCGCGUUGGUGAGCAGGUCUGAAGCUUGUCCCUUUUGACAUUAAACUGGCCUUAAGGCUCUGACUGGGAGGCUCCCAGUCAAACCACAGCUUCACUGGAUCAGUGUCUCAGUCUGAACCUUCACAAACCUUGGUUGUAUUUUAUUUUCUGCAUGUUUUGUUCGUGACAACGUGCCACUGGUGAAGGGAGAUGUUCUAGUUUAGUUGAGCAGCAUGUUAAAAACCGUAUGAAAGUUAAAUAGUUUCACCUUUUUGUUAUUUAAGUUUAGUUUUUAACCGUUUACUUUAUUUUGCCUUUUGAUAAAGUUUUAAAUUCCAAUGUUUACAUGUUCAGACAGAUCUAGUCAGAUUAGUCCUGAGUGGCUUCGCUCAUUCAUCCUUCAAACCAAGUGCCUGAAAGUGAGUUAAAUUUGCCCUUUGUUCUUCAUGUGGCUCAUUUAAAGCUGAAUCAAACCGGACCUACAGAACCUGAGUAAGGUGACAACUGAGACGUAAAGAUGCCACAUGCUGUGCUUUAACAGCUGAUGUUCACUUUGUUUGGGUCUAGAAAUGAAGCAGACGAUGGAGCUCCAUCAGUAAAUGGACCCGUGACCUGCUUCUGGUUCAGUAAGACGCAUCUACAGCCCAGUGACUGCGUAGCUUAAAUGAAUGGAAACUUGGAUCACGACGUUGAGGUCUGUGAGCCAGUCAACGCCGUCUGUCACUGACGACUGGUAGGAGCCAUAAACGUGCCAUCAUUUCAAACAUGCCAGUAUUAAUGUCAAAGAUGCUGCAUGUGGCACCUUCACGCUCAGAACCCAUGAAUGUCUCUCUCCUCCCGUUUCUCCUUCGGACCCGUCCUGUUCGGGUUUGAUUGGAUGCGAGUGUUUGCUUCCCGUCGGGUUGUUGCAUGUUUGUACUCCAGCUUCAUGUGUGUCUCUGUGCGGGUUUCAGGUGGGCGGCUGUGCGUCAGGUACCAUUCCAUUUUAACACUGUAUAUUUAUAAUAAAGUAACCUGUUAUUAACGCUGA